AAAUGACCCAAUCUAUAUUUUCUUUUCUUUUGUUGAUGAUCCUUCACUAAAACCGACCAUGUCAAUGAGGGGAUCGAAACGUGCCAGUGGGCGACCUCAAAAGGUCCACUGUCGGUCGGAUAUGCUAUACGAAGAUGAAAAUCAGAAGUUGUUUGAACUGAUUGGACCCAACUGUGUUACCCAGGCAACCGCUGUAGUCCGGGUAUUCCGUUGUCUACCCUCUAGUCCCAACCGGUGGACGAAGAUUGGAGUUGGUGUGGCGACUUUCAUCAAAGACAGUAAAUUGAAAUCUUUCUUCAUCCGAGUCUAUAAUCUGAGAACGAGCACUAAAAUUUUCGACGAGGAAAUCUACAACGAGUUUGAUGAUUACAAGGCUGCUUCUAGAUACUUUCAUCACUUCUCAGGCGCAGUAGGAGUUUGUGGGUUGAGUUUCGCUGAUGCAAGCGAAGCUGACUUUUUCAAGGCCAUUAUAAUAGAUAGAUUAGAAGCACGAGCACAGAAGCGCCGUGCACGAAAACAAAAACAGAUGAAAGACCGAAACGAAAUCAGAUCCCCCAGUCCUUUCACAUCUUCUCAAACUUGGACUCCUAAUAUUUCAAACCCCAAUUUUCAACAGAGCAAUUAUACUAAUUCAAUGAAUACAAAUAAUUCGAAUGGAGAGAUCUCAGGAAUGCAUGUUGUUGAGGUCGGAGGGAGAAUGGACAGUAGUAGUCGGUCCAUGAGUAUGAGUUCAAACUCAGUUAAUAAAGGAAGCUCAAGUAUGCUGUUUCCAACAAAGCUGUUGCCUUCUUCGAAGAAGAACAAAAGUUUAUCCCAGAAAAAGAAAGAGAUUAGCAAAACUGACAUUGGAACCCCAACUAAUUUCAGGCAUCUAGAGCACGUCGGUGGGGGACAAAAACGAAGCACGUCAUACACCAUGGGAAAUUCGAAUUCGAACAAUUUGGAGCUGCUGGGAAGAAUGUUAGUAUCACAUAAUAUCUGCACAGAACAGGAACUCCAAAGUCAGAAGUUCCAAAGCGCCAUCAAUCAGUUUAUUUCUUCAAAGGCAUCAAUUGAUGAUAUUAUAAAAGCAUUCAGUGCAAAUCAAAUGGCAUCAUCUCCGACGAAUCAAAACACUAGUCCUCCAACCAGCAGUUCGGUAGAUUCGAUUCACAGACGACAUUCGGUCCAUUCGCCUACAAGCCCGAAACCCAAUGCAAAUAAUAACACCGUGAAUCAAAUACAAAGCAAUCGACAGAAUACUAACAGCAGAAGUUCAUUUAGUAUUCAAAACGGAUCCAUUUCAGUUAGCAAGCCCCCUGCUCCAAUAAGAAGACCACCACCCGAACCGAAUCGACGAGACACUACAACAGCCGUAUCAGUGUCUCCCCAUAACCGAACGGGAACGCAAAACAACGGCUUCCAAAGAAGUUCCAAUCCACCCACGAGUAUAAAUGACGUACCUGCAAGACCUCCUUUGCCGGCGGGCAGACCGGCGGGGUCACCUGUCUUUCCAGCAAAUGCUUUUAAGCACGACCAGACUACAAAUGUUGCAGCAUACGAUGGAAACUUCCCAUACACACCUUACGCCAGUGAGCGAGGAGCUGAAACUCAUAAAAGAGCCCCUCCGCCGCCACUAAGUGCUCCUCAGGGAAAUAGUAUGAUGCCCUCCAGAGCACCACCACCCAAAACAUCACCCAGACAUUCUUCUGUUGACAGAUUUGGGACGAAUGAACAGAAGACUCCGCCGAAGCAAAAUAACACGACAACAAUACCCUCCUCUCUGUCUCGACCCGGCUCAAGAACUGCAAUCUCGGCUCCCUUUGAAGAACCCUCAGCGUCUCUGGUGAAGACAUCAUCGUCUUACAUCUCUACAAACAACUCGACUAGCGAUAACAAUAGUACAUCUGAAAAACAUGAUCCACGGAGAAAGAUCAGUGGUUCUAGCGCCGAAAGUUCUCCGACAAUCAACGGAGGACAGUCUCCAGUUACUCUUGAAAACUCAGGUUCCAAUAACUCGACUGCGCAGAAUCUGAAUAGAUUCAAUAUGAUUUCGAGAGAUCAGCUUCAGAAGAACCAACAAACGCCCAAAAGUGUUCCUCCGAAUAAGGCAUCUAUGGCUGAGUCUCACGCGACAAGCAAAGUUGCUCCUGCAGCGCCUGCAUUAGCGAGCUCGAAGCCAGUGGCUCCCCCGAAAACAUCAAAAUUGAGAGCAUCGCCAUCUUCUGCAAAAGGAGAGAAAGCAUCUGCGCCGAAACCCCCAACUGAUGUUGCUUCUAAGAGUGUUCCAGCUCCUCCGCCGCCACCACCAAAUGUCCCAGCACCUCCUCCUCCGCCUCCGAUUGGAGUACCUCAACCUCCACCAGCUCCAGCAGCACCAUCGGCUGGACCCUCGAGAAGAGAAUCAUCAGUUGCGCCUAAAAUGGUUCCAUUGACGAAAGCUAAGCCUGAUGAUCUUCUGGACGCAAUAAGGAAGGCUUCUGUCAAUCAGCUGAAGCCAGCAGAAGAGCGCACUCUUGAACCAGUUAAAACUACUUCAGAAGAUCCUAAAUCGAGUCUUCUAGGAGAAAUCAAAAACUUCAGAAAAGAAACUGUUCUGAAGAAAGUGGAGCCUAACAGCCAUCCCAAAGAAAGCAGCGGGGAGCAAGGUUUCAACCAGUUGCCUGGGCUUUUAGGUGAUUUGGCGAGAAUGGUAAAUGAGCAGCGAAAAACUAUGAACCCGGAUUCGGCUUCAAACUCAAAGUCAGGAAACGACAGCGACGAAUGCAGCGAUGCCGACAGCUUUGACGACGAUGACUGGGAUUCAGUCGUUAUCAUGUCUGCGACAGGCAUGAACAUGUUUCACUCAGGUCUGAUCAUACGUGACAUGGUGGACUCUGGUCCGAGUAGGGGUGAGACAGCCCUGGUGAACAGACCCCUGAAUAAAUUAUCGAGUAAAAAUGCCGACAUCAAUUUGUCCGCGUUCGCCCUCCUUUUCCGCGAGAUGGUAGACUACUGUGACUCACGAGUAACCACGAUUGAGGAGCAGCAGCAGAAAUUGUCAGAGAUGGGACAACAUGUCGGUAGCAGGUACCUGGAGCUAGUGUGGUUCCGAGAGAAACAGACGCGGAGAGAGAAUAGAUUGAUUCAUCUGUUGACUUUUGUGCAAAAGAAUCUGUGGAGAGCAUUAUUCAACAAGGAAAUUGAAACCCUUGAACAGCAGGUAGACAGUGAGAAUGCGAUCUACUACCUAAUAGAGAAGGAACCCCUCGUGAACAGACUAGUGCCCCUCGAUGGAUCGGGACUCAACUGCGCCGCGUUUAACGCUGGCAUUGUCCAAGCUUUUUUAACUGGAGCAGGAUUUCCCUGCACUGUGACGACUCACUGGCAUAAGGGGACCACUCUUCUAAUCAAAUUCGACAAUCUCUCGACAAUGACUAGUGGAAAUGGCGUGAACACUGGAGGUACUGUUGGGGGAACGACAGCAGCGACCCGGCAGUCGGCAACUGGUGGAACAGUGGGAGCGGUGGCGCCUACUCCGGACGACUUCAAAGCUGCUUUAGAAUUACAUCAUUAUAAUUUGAAACAGGGCCAAGUGGAAAGAGAUAAACGACUGAAGGCUCUGGAAGACGAGAUGGUUGGCGCUGGAUUGAGUGAGGAGGAGAAGGAUGACAGGCGGAAGGAUCACUACAAGAAGGAGAGCAACUAUCUCCGAAUCAAGCGCCAGAGACUCGCCUACUCCGACUUUGAGACACUCAAAAUUAUAGGAAAAGGUGCGUUUGGCGAAGUGCGUCUAGUACAGAAGAGAGACACUGGCCACACUUAUGCCAUGAAGAUCCUGAGGAAGAACGAGACUCUGAGAAGAGCCCAGAUUGGCCAUGUGAGGGCGGAGAGAGAUGUGUUGGUGGAGGCGGUGGACCAGGAUUGGGUUGUGAAGUUGAGCUUCGCAUUCCAGGAUCCGUACAAUCUCUACUUCGUCAUGGAGUUCCUUCCUGGAGGUGAUAUGAUGACUCACUUGAUGAAGAAGGACGUGUUGUCCGAGUACGAAACGCAGUUUUACAUAGCAGAGACGGCACUGGCCAUCAACUACAUCCACACGAAGCUUAGAUGCAUCCACAGAGACAUCAAGCCAGAUAACCUAUUACUGGACGCCAAAGGACACAUCAAACUGACCGACUUCGGACUAUCCACAGGUCACCGCAAAACACAUCGCACAGAUUUCUACAAAGACCUCAGUCAAGUAGAAGCACACCACUUCGUGCCUGCAUCGUCGGCAGGGGAUUCCAAACGAACAGCUGAGAAGUGGAAAUCGUCCCGACGGAAGGCGGCCUACAGCACAGUCGGGACUCCCGACUACAUAGCACCAGAAGUGUUCACGCAUCAGGGAUAUGGCUACUCAUGUGACUGGUGGUCUCUAGGUGUUAUCAUGUACGAGAUGCUGAUUGGCUGGGCUCCCUUUUCAGUACCAGAUGGAGGCAACGAGAGAGAGGUGGCUAGGAGAAUCAUAGACUGGAAACAUUUUCUCUCCUUUCCAGUCGACAGACCAAUCUCAAAAGAAGCUAAAGACCUGGUGAAGAAGCUGUUGUGUGAGAGUGAGAAGCGACUGGGCAGUCAGAAGGAGGUGGAUGACCUAAGAGGCCACAGCUUCUUCGGCAGACACUUUGACUGGGACAACAUACGCGAGAGACCAGCCCCAUUCGUCAUACAGGUUAAUGCUAUUGACGACACUCGAUACUUUGAUGAGUUUGAGAGCAGCGACCUUGUGUUCCCCGACUCCGUGCCGGAGACUGGCAACUGCUUCCAGAACUUUACCUACAAACGGUUCGAUGGAAUCCUGUAGUCAGCACAUGACAUGAGAAUUUUGUUCAGGCAAUUUCUCUUGAAGUCGAUUUGUCUCAUUGCGAAACUUUAAUCUCUUGGACUGGACUACAAUUGGGCUUCCUAUUCUAUUUUUGAUCUCGACCAAAAACAACUGCUUUCAAAAAACAAUCACAAUGUUAAAUGCAAUCGGAUCAACCAAGCAAUUUUUUCUAAAUCCUUGUGAGAGCUCCAAGUUCCACCCCCUGAAAACGAUACUUUCAGUUCUAAAGCCAAUUCUUCUAAUUUUGAACCAUUGAGCUGGACCCUAUCAAAUUGAUCAUGCAAUUUGGUGAGGUAUGGUGUUAUAGGGUUGAUCCUUUUUUGGUCGCUCAUUAAAACAAUAGUUUAAACCGUGGAAGAAUAUUAGCUCCCAGUUAAAGUAGCCUUGCACUUUUUCUUCAAUAAUUCUAUUUGAUUGAGUUUCGCUGCUCUUAUUCUGUCAGCGAUUAAUGAACUGAUUCUGAACUUGCCCAAUGACGUGUAAUACAUUCAAUUGGAAUCAUAUAGCCUUUACUUAUUCUAAUUUAUUACAAUUCAAAUGUCAAAAAUCA